GGUGAGUGUGCGACUUCCGUGCCCAUUUCUCAUAAAACUCAAAUAAAUGUGCCAUCUUUUACCCAGCCAGUGUAUGUUGCUAAGUCUAAUGUCAUCACUGUACUACGUCAUCAGCAAAUGAUUCACAGAUUGCAAACGUGGACUUGAUUUCCAAGAAACUCAUUAUUGGACGUUUUGAUUGAGACGUUAUUUCCUGAUUUGAUGUGACAUCAUAACCGAAGCUUGUACCAAGUAUGGCCAGCGCAAUGAACUCUUCAGCUCAAGAUGAGCAUUAUGAUUACAUUUGGAAAGUUGUUCUGGUUGGAGACAGUGGAGUGGGAAAGACUAAUCUACUAUCUCGGUUCACCAGGAACGAGUUCAAUGCGGAGAGCAAGAGCACAAUAGGAGUGGAGUUUGCAACAAGGAAUGUUACGAUCAAGGGAAAGACUGUACGGGCACAAAUCUGGGACACGGCCGGACAAGAGCGGUACAGAGCCAUCACUAGCGUAUAUUAUCGGGGAGCCGUAGGGGCGCUGGUCCUGUAUGACAUCACAAAGCCCCAGUCUUUCCAGAACCUGGACAAAUGGUUUCAGGAACUGAAGGAUCAUGCGGACCCCACGGCCUGCAUCAUGCUGGUCGGCAACAAGACCGACCUGCGACAUCUCCGGGCUGUUACCAUGGAGGAAGGCAGGACAGUUGCAGAAAAGAAUGGAUAUUCCUUCAUCGAAACUUCAGCCCUAGAUUCUACCAAUGUGGGAGAAGCGUUUAAUAAUCUUAUUGUUGAUAUUUUCAAGAUGCAGGUUGAAGAACUUGCCAACGCUGGUAACGCACCAGCCAAUUCCCCCAAGCCUGAUAAUCACAGGUUAAACACAACAGAGGAAGCCGAACAGCAGCAGGGUUGCGGAUGCUAGCUUCUCUCUCUUCCACAAGCAGGGAUUGGUGUCAGACCAUACAGGGUUGUCUCUCCUAGUGUUUCAUUCGCCACCAGGGGGAGGUGUUGGCUGACUUGGAGCUUGGAUUCAAGAGUCAGCUUUUAGAAGUUGCAUAUGUUUUGUCAUCAGGUUGACCUGACCUUGACAUUAGGUUGACCUGACCUUGUCUUUAGUUU